AUGGACUGCGCCGACACAUUGCUCCUCAUCGCGGCUUACCUGACGAAGAAGGAACUUAUUGCGCUGAGUGAAGUCUCGCAGCUGUGUCGGAAGACUGUCAACAACUCAUUCAUAUCGUAUGAAGAGAAGCAGUACUUGUUGUGGCCGUGCCUGAAAGAGGAACACGUUGAGCUUGCUCCACCUAGUCAGAUUUUGGCUCUCGGGGUUCUGGAGAAAGAGCAGAGGCUUCUGGUGCUCGUGCGCAGUGGCACAGACACCUCCAACAUCGACGAGAUAGAAUGUUACUUGUACACCCAGCUGGUGGACAGGAAUGGGUGCUUGGUAGAGCACCAGAAGGAGCUUCCCGCUUGCUUUGCCUUUCCCUCCUCGCUCGUGCACUUUGGCGGGAAUCGGUACCUCCUCUGCAAAACGCGCGAAGGGGAUCUGCAUGUGUUUGACUGCCUCAUCGAGACCAUGAUUGAGGUGCCAGUUGGGACCGACGGCUUUUACGCGUCCCCAGGCGGGGACCAUUUUCUACUCGACUACAACCGCCACGUCUUCUUUUGCACCGCCAACGCUCACAUUGCCUGCAGGUGGGAGAUGACCCGAGUCGAUCUCAAGCGACAUGGGUGUGUCUACAGCACAGCAUCGAACCUGCCGCCGUCCACCCUCGUGGCGACGCACCUGCGCGCGCAGAUUGUGCCGUUGCCUGAUCCCUUCAGCAGCUGCAGUAGCAGCACUAGUGGCAGCCCCGCUACGCGCGCGGAUGCGACUCACCCGGUGCCACCCUUGCACUUUUACCUGGGCACCAGCAGCGCCGCCUGGCGAACGUUUUGGAUGGGCAGCAGCUCUGCUCUGUGCGCAAAUGAGGACGGUGUUAGUCUGCUCAAGGUCACCUUUCGCGAAAUGAUCGCAGAACGACUGACCUCUCUUUCAUCCUCGUGCUUGGACUUAGUUCACAGCAGCUGCGGGGAUGUUUACGGCACCCCGUGCGAGGACCAUGAUGAGUACGCCGUGAUGAGCUGCCGAGAAGUGCGACUGCACACGGUGAGCUACUGGCCAGGCCGUCGAUCGACAACUGAGGUGCGUGUCGUCGACCUGGAUGCCAUUGUCCCGAGUCGCACCGCCAUCAAGAGCGUCCGCAUCAUCGUGAGCCGCGUCACCUAUCUAAUCCACAUGCAGCACCAAGGCUUGGACCGGAUGCUGCUGCUUUCUUCCGACCUCACGCUGACGCGGUGGAUCUCAAUUGGGCGUCCGUCGUGCUAUGUGCUGUGGCGUCAGCAGGUGUCACUCGUCACGGCAAGCCUCCCAGACGGCGGCGGCGAGAGCUUCCACCCGCUUGUGGAGGCCGUGGAGGGCGGACUCGGUUGCGUUUACACGUUUGGGAUGCGACUGCCCGAUGUCUCAUCUACGGUGGCGACGGAUCCGUUUGCCACAGCGGUCAAGGUCACUUCAGUCGUAGAUGACGACGCUUCCCCCGCUAGUGUGAGCCGCUUAUUGGUGCUGCCGCAGUCCCUCACAGGUGUGGAGGCGCUCUCCUGGAUGGCGUUCGGUAUCGUAUCCGCCUCGCUGCUGUGGACGGUGUCGGCGCUGUGCUACAAUGGUUGGUGGCUGCACUUGCAGCUUCUCCUUUGGGAAAAGGUGGCCUAG